GGGCGUUGGGCGACCACAGGCUCCGACCCACAGCCUGCCGCAUGGCCCAGCGAGCACGUGGCCGCGAGAACGCACGGCCCUCCUCUUCGGACGACGAGUGGCGCACCGUGCAGGACCUCUCCAACAAAUCCGUCAGCCUCAAGACGCUCCAGCGACUGCCCGUGUCCCUCACGUGCCUCGACCUCAGCCGCUGCGGCCUCGAGUCCGCCAGGCCGCUGCGGGCGCUCGUCUCUCUCGAGCUCCUCAACAUGAGCUACAACCGGCUCAAAACUGUGCUGGACCUGCAGCCGCUCUCCGGGCUGACGGUGCUCUACCUGCGCUCCAACCGGCUCACGUCCAUCACGCCGCUGUCUGGCCUCGCGCGGCUCCGCUCGCUCGACCUCGAGUGCAACUGUAUCGGCUCGCUCGACGCUCUCGCGCCGCUCUGGAACCUCGUCCAGCUGCGCGAGCUGCGGCUGCGCGGCAACCUGCUGCCAGAGAGGUCCUACCGCGCAGAGUGCCGCGAGCGCCUGCCCGCACUCCGCAUGCUCGACGGCGCGGCCGCCUCUCCUCCGGCCGCCGCCGCCCCGACGCCGCCCACGCGCGUGGCUCCUGGCUCGGCGGCUGCGGCGCCCGUCGGCGGCGUCUGGGCCGUGGCGCGAGCCGCCGAGGCGGCGGGGUGGACGCCGGGGCCAGCCGACGCCGCCGCAGCUGCGCACCGCCAGCCUCCCGCAGGACUGUCCAGGGCGGAGGCCGCGGAGCUCGCCGCCCUGCGGUCCGAGGCGGAGGCGCUGCGCCGUCGGCUUGGCGGCGACGAGGGCCGUGCCGUCGCCUCCGAGGCGGAGCGGGGCACCGGAGGAGCAGCUUCCACGGCGCCGGAGGAGCUUGCGAGCUUGCGGCGCGAGGCGCGGCUGGAGGCGUCCGCGGCCGCGCAGGACAACACGGCGGGGAUGGCCGUGUUGCGCACGCAGCUGGAGAGUGUGCAGCUGCAGCUCGCCACGCAGCAGGCGCUGCACGAGUCGCUCAGUCGCGAUUCGUCACAGACGGCCGCGCGGUUGCGGGAGGAGGCCGAGGCGCGGGAAGCGCUCGCGCUGGAGGCGGGGGUGGCGCGGCGGGAGCUGGACAACGCGCGGCGCGAGGCUGCGUACGCGCGCGACAGGAUGCGGUCGCAGGAGGAGGCGCGCGAGGCGGCGGAGCAGGCCGCGGCGCAGGCGGCGGAGCAGGCGGCGGCGCUGCGGGAGCAGCUCAACGCCGCGGAGGCGUCGCGCGUCUUGCGGGACGAGCAGGCGCGCGCCGAGGCGCGGGCGACCGAGGAGCGCCUGCUUCGCCAGGCGGCCGACCUCGACGCCGCGCGCUCGGAGCUCGACGAAGCGCGCUGGGAGCACGAGCAGCAACGCGAGAGGCGUAGCGGGGAGGCGAGGCUGCUCUCCUCGGCGCUGGCAGACUCGGAGCGGGAGGCGGAGGCGCUGCGAGCCCAACACUCCGCCGCAGCCGCCGAGGUGCAGGCGGCGCUCGCGUGCGCCGACGGCGCGGUGCAGUCCGAGGCGGCGGCCGCGGCGGCUUGCACGAGGACGUCGAAGGCGUGCGCGCGGCUCGAGGCGGAGCUCUCGGGCGCGCGGGCGGAGAUCGCGCACUUGCAGGGCGCCGCGCGGAGGGCGCAGGCGGCUGCCGAGGCGGCCGAGGCGGCCGAGGCUGCGGCGGCCGCCGCCGGAGCGGCGGCGGGGGCGGGGGCGGCGAAGUCGGUCGAGGUGCUGCGCUCGCUCGUGGCAGAGCGGGACGACGAGCUGCGCGAGCUGCGCAGAGGCGGCGCCGCGCCAGCCGAGGCUUGCGACGCGGAGGCGGAGCGCGCGGCCUUGCGAGCGGAGCUGCAGGCGGAGCGCGAGUGUGGCGAACGGCAGCGCGAGGAGGCGGAGGCGCUCCGCGACCGGCUGCAGGCCGCCUCCCGACAGCUGCAGGCCGCCUCGGCGGCGACGCUCUCGGCCGAGGCCGAGGCGGCGACUGCGCGUGCCGCGGCCACGCAGGCGGACGAGCGAGCAGCGCUCGCUGCGGACCGCAGAGAGGGGGCCGAGCUGAGCGCGCUGCGGGCGGAGCUCGCCGCGCUGCGCCGGUCCGAGGAGGAGGGCGCGGCCCGCUCGGCAAAGGCGGGCGAGGGCGAGGCGGAGGCGCGGGCGGCGGAGGCGGCGCGAGCCGCAGAGGCGGAGCGAGCGGCGGAGGCGGCGCGGGCGGCGGAGGCGGCGCGGGCGGGAGAGGCGGCGCGAGCGGGAGAGGCGGCGCAGGUGGCGCGGGCGGCGGAGGCGGCGCUCGCCGAGGCAAGGGCCGCGCUGGCGGAGGAGGUGAGGAGGCGCGAUUCGCUGGCCGAGGAGGUGCGGAGGCGCGACGCGCAGCUUGCCGCGGCGGUGGCUGAGGGCGGGGCGAUGCAGGCGGAGCUGGAGCGGCAGCGCGCCUUGGCUGCGGACCUGGAGAGGCGCCUCGACCGAGCAAAGGCGGAGCUCGGCUCAGCCGGCGAGACGGCGGCGGCGUGCCGAGCGCGAGCCGAACAGGCGGAGGCGAGGCUGGCGGCUCAGGCUGCUCAUCUCUCGGAGGUGACGCAGGAGAGCACCCGGCUCCUGGGCGCGGCGAGCGACGCCGGCGUGCGGCGCGCCGCCGCGGAGAGGGGGGCGGACGAGGCGCGCAGCCGCCUCCGCUCCCUGCAGGGCGACCUCGCCGAGGCGCAGCGCGACCUCGCCGAUGCGCGCCGCACGGCUGCCGCAGAAGAGGCGCGCGGCGAGGAGGCCCGCUCUCGCGCCGCGGGUCUGCAGGCACGGCUUGAGGAGGUGGGGCUGCGCUCGAGCUCGAUGCUCGAGGCGGCCGCCUCGCAGGUCGAGGCGCUGCGGGGCGAGCUCGAGGCCAAGGGCGCGCGGCUGUCGACUCUCGAGGCGGCCGCUUCGCAGGCCGAGGCGUUGCGGGGCGAGCUCGAGGCCAAGGGCGCGCGGCUGUCGACUCUCGAGGCGGCCGCCUCGCAGGUCGAGGCGCUGCGGGGCGAGCUCGAAGCCAAGGGCGCGCGGCUGUCGACUCUCGAGGCGGCCGCCUCGCAGGCCGAGGCGUUGCGGGGCGAGCUCGAGGCCAAGGGCGCGCGGCUGUCGCAGCUCGAGGCGGCGGCGGCCGCCGCCGCCGCCGUGGCGGCCACAGCUGCGGGGCCCGUCGCAGGACGGCCCGAGGCGACGUCGGAGCAGCAGCUCCUCGAGCGGGUCGUGCAGCAGUCGCUCGCCGUCUCAAAGGGCGCGGCGGAGCAGGCGGCGGCGCUACGGGAGCGCAACGAGGGCCUCGAUGCGGAGUGCGCGCGGCUGCGUUGCGUCCUGCGCGACGAGGCGGGGACGCGAGGCCGCCACGAGGAGCUCUCUUUGCGGCUGGUCGCCGACGAGCUCCGGGCGGUGGAGCGCAUGUGGGGCGCCGAGCGGCGGCGCGCGGACGCAGCAGCAGCCGCCGCUGGCGAUCGGCCCAGCGCCGCGGAGGUGGCGCGCCUGCGAGAGUCUCUGCAGGCGGCCGAGGAGCGAGCCGCCGCCGCGGAGCGCGAGGGCGCGGCGAAAGUCUCGACCCUUUGCAAGCAGAUCCAGAGGCAGCAGGCGGCGCUGAGCGCGGCGGGCGGCGGCGUCGAAGCGGCGGCGAGGUACGAGUCGACUGUGCAGGCGCUCUCAGGCCACAUCUCGCGCAUCGGCGCUGAGCGGGGGCAGCUGGCGGGCAUGCUCAACCACGCGACGACGGCGCUCCGGGCGAGGGACGAGAUGUUGCUGCUGCGGCGCACCCGCCAGCACGAGGCGCGGCCCGGGCACCUCGUCUCACUCGAGGCCGACCUGUCCGCGCUGGCCGCCAGGCUCGCGGGGAAGUAAGGGACUGCGCUGCCGCCACGAAGCUAGGGCCGCUGUCGGUUUCUUGUUGAAGUUGUAACAUAGAGGUGAGAGCGC